CCGGUCGAUGUAUACAAAUAUAUAAAAUCAAUCAAGAUGGCCUCAGGCUUUGAUGAUAGUCAUGAUGCAGCUAUCGGGCCAUUCGAGGGAGUUGAUAUCUACAUACAUCCAGAGUGUAUGUCCCUGAUCCAAGGUUCGCAGCCAAGGACCGAUACAAACAAGGACUGAUACGAACGAUGGGCAAAGAAGGGCGUCCGGCUCUGCUCAGCACCCGAUCAACAUCGCCUUCAACGUCAGCAUCUCUGGUCUUUCUUCUGGCUCUGUGGACGGUAGCACUGCAUCUUGUUUCCUCCGCUCCAAUGCCUAACCUGUCGAUGAAGAUUCCCCAGGUCGGCAACCCAGUCCUCAACGGCUGGUAUGCGGACCCCGAAGCCCGUAUCUUCAACCACAAGUACUACAUCUACCCCACCGUGUCGACAGUGUAUGAGAACCAGACCUAUUUUGAGGCCUUCUCCUCCCCCGAUCUGAAGACGUGGACCAGCUUGGGAAAAGUGCUGGACUUCAAGGACGUCUCCUGGAGCACGAACAGGGCUGCGUGGGCACCCUCAGUUGCCUUCAAGGAUGGGUUAUACUACAUGUAUUUUUCUGCUGGAGACGGAGUUGGGCUUGGGGUUGCACGUUCGAGUUCCCCAGAGGGUCCGUUCAAGGAUGCGUUGGGUAAGCCGUUGAUAUCAGAAUCGUACUUUGGUGCGCAGCCCAUCGAUGCAGAUAUCUUUAUCGACGAUGACGGGAGGAACUAUCUCUAUUAUGGCGGCCAUAGCCAUGGUGUUGUCGUCGAGCUAAAUGAUGACAUGAUCUCCCUCAAGGGGGAGGUUAAGGAGAUCACUCCAAAGGGUUAUGUGGAGGCUCCGUGGAUGUUGAAGCGAAAGGGCGUGUACUACUUCAUGUAUAGCACUGGCGGGUGAGUCUGUUCUUUGUUAUGUUUGCAUUCCAGCUUGAUAUCUCUUUGAAUGACUGGCAUUAACACUGUCAACAUCUUCAAGGUGGGGAGAUAACUCGUACGCAGUGAACUAUGUCACUAGCAAGAGUCCACUCGGUCCCUUUGACGGCGAGCCUGUCAAGAUCUUGCAGGGAAACACCGCAAUUGGAACAGGAACCGGCCAUAACAGUGUCUUCUCGGUCGGGGAUGACUACUAUAUCGUGUAUCAUCGCCGAUUCCCAGACGACAGCGAGAGAGACCAUCGAGCCACAUGCAUUGAUAGAAUGUAUUUCACAGAUGACGGCCGAAUCGAGCCCGUCAA